GCAGAGCCGCCCGAGCCGCGCGUUCCCGAGCCGCUCCGUAAGCAGGGCCGCCUGGACCCGGGCUCGGUCGUGCUCCUGCGCAAGGCCAAGCGCGAGAAGGCAGAGAGCAUGCUGCGGAACGACUCGCUGAGCUCCGACCAGUCCGAGUCCGUGCGACCGUCCCCGCCCAAGCCGCACCGGCCCAAGCGGGGAGGCAAGAGGAGACAGAUGUCGGUGAGCAGCUCGGAGGAAGAGGGCGUGUCCACACCAGAGUACACCAGCUGCGAGGACGUGGAGCUGGAGAGCGAGAGCGUGAGCGAGAAAGGUGACUUGGAUUAUUACUGGCUGGAUCCUGCGACGUGGCACAGCCGGGAAACGUCGCCUAUUAGUUCGCAUCCUGUAACGUGGCAGCCAUCGAAAGAGGGAGACCGAUUAAUUGGCCGCGUUAUUCUUAACAAAAGAACAACCAUGCCCAAAGAAUCAGGUGCAUUAUUGGGUCUAAAAGUGGUUGGAGGAAAAAUGACAGACUUAGGACGUCUUGGUGCUUUCAUCACCAAAGUAAAGAAGGGUAGCCUGGCUGAUGUAGUCGGACACCUAAGAGCAGGGGAUGAAGUUCUAGAGUGGAAUGGUAAACCCCUGCCGGGAGCAACAAACGAAGAAGUUUACAACAUUAUUUUAGAAUCAAAAUCAGAACCUCAAGUUGAAAUUAUUGUUUCAAGGCCUAUUGGUGACAUCCCCCGGAUCCCUGAGAGUUCCCAUCCUCCCCUGGAAUCCAGUUCAAGUUCCUUUGAAUCUCAGAAGAUGGAAAGGCCUUCCAUUUCUGUUAUUUCUCCAACCAGCCCUGGAGCUCUGAAAGAUGCCCCGCAAGUCCUACCUGGGCAACUCUCUGUCAAGCUGUGGUAUGAUAAAGUGGGGCACCAGCUGAUUGUAAAUGUUCUACAGGCAACUGAUCUACCCCCUAGAGGAGAUGGGCGCCCCAGGAAUCCCUAUGUAAAAAUGUAUUUUCUUCCAGAUAGAAGCGACAAAAGUAAAAGGAGGACCAAAACUGUAAAGAAAAUUCUAGAACCCAAAUGGAACCAAACGUUUGUCUACUCGCAUGUACAUCGUAGAGAUUUCCGGGAGCGAAUGUUGGAAAUUACUGUGUGGGAUCAGCCAAGAGUUCAAGAGGAAGAGAGUGAAUUUCUUGGAGAGAUCCUCAUAGAGCUGGAGACAGCGCUUUUGGAUGACGAACCCCAUUGGUAUAAACUCCAGACACAUGAUGAAUCCUCACUACCUCUGCCUCACCCAUCGCCGUUUCUGCCGAGGCGGCAUAUCCACGGAGAGAGCUCCAGCAAAAAGCUACAAAGAUCUCAGCGAAUCAGUGAUAGUGACAUCUCAGAUUAUGAGGUUGAUGAUGGUAUUGGAGUAGUGCCUCCAGUGGGUUAUAGAUCUAGUGCUAGAGAAAGUAAAGCCACAACAUUAACAGUGCCAGAGCAGCAAAGAACCACUCAUCACCGCUCACGUUCGGUGUCUCCUCAUCGCGGCGAUGAUCAGGGAAGGCCGCGUUCACGUUUACCAAAUGUGCCAUUACAGAGGAGCUUAGAUGAAAUUCAUCCAACACGAAGGUCACGUUCUCCAACCAGACACCAUGAUGCCUCCCGAAGUCCAGUCGAUCACAGAUCCAGACAUAUGGAAAGUCAGUAUUCAUCGGAGCAAGACAGUGAGCUUCUCAUGCUGCCCAGAGCAAAACGAGGACGAAGUGCAGAAUGCCUACACAUGACCAGCGAGCUGCAGUCCUCCCUUGGCAGGGCUAAGAGUGCUAGUACCAGCUGCUUGAGACCAGACACUAGUUUGCAUUCACCAGACCGAGAAAGGCACUCCAGAAAGUCUGAAAGAUCUAGCAUCCAAAAACAGACUAGGAAAUGCACAGCCUCUGAUGCAGACAGGGUUCUCCCAUCAUGCCUUUCUAGAAGGGGAUACGCAAUCCCAAGAGCAACUGAUCAAGCAGUCAUUAGGGGAAAGCCUCCCACUCGCUCGCGGUCGAGCGAGCACUCUAGUGUCAGAACCCUGGGUUCUAUGCACCACCUUGCCCCUGGAGGCUCGGCGCCACCUUCUCCGCUCCUGACAAGAACGCACCGACAAGGAAGCCCGACGCGGUCUCCGCCAGCAGACACAUCCUUCAGCAGUCGCAGGGGAAGACAGCUUCCACAGGUGCCAGUUCGAAGCGGCAGUAUAGAACAAGCCAGCUUAGUAGUGGAGGAGCGAACAAGACAGAUGAAAAUGAAAGUUCACCGGUUUAAGCAGACAGCGGGGUCUGGGUCUAGUCAAGAACUUGAUCGCGAGCAAUACUCCAAGUAUAACAUACAUAAAGAUCAGUACAGAAGCUGUGAUAACGUCUCCGCCAAGUCAUCAGAUAGUGAUGUCAGUGACGUGUCCGCCAUUUCCCGAACCAGCAGUGCCUCACGCCUCAGCAGCACAAGCUUUAUGUCCGAGCAAUCUGAGCGCCCCAGGGGUAGGAUCAGUUCAUUUACCCCCAAAAUGCAAGGCAGACGGAUGGGGACGUCAGGAAGAGCCAUCAUCAAGAGCACCAGUGUCAGUGGAGAGAUGUACACACUGGAGCAUAAUGACGGCAGUCAGUCCGACACUGCUGUGGGGACCGUUGGAGCAGGCGGCAAGAAGCGGAGAUCCAGCCUGAGUGCCAAAGUGGUCGCCAUCGUCUCUCGAAGAAGCAGAAGCACAUCGCAGCUCAGCCAGACGGAGUCGGGCCACAAGAAGUUAAAGAGUACCAUCCAGCGGAGUACGGAAACAGGAAUGGCAGCCGAAAUGCGGAAGAUGGUGAGACAGCCGAGCCGGGAGUCCACGGAUGGCAGCAUCAACAGCUACAGCUCCGAGGGGAACUUACUAUUCCCUGGAGUUCGAGUAGGACCCGACAGUCAGUUCAGUGACUUCCUUGAUGGUCUGGGGCCAGCUCAGCUUGUUGGCCGCCAAACCCUCGCCACCCCUGCCAUGGGUGAUAUCCAAAUCGGAAUGGAGGAUAAAAAGGGCCAAUUGGAGGUUGAAGUUAUCAGAGCCCGGAGCCUUACACAGAAGCCUGGCUCCAAGUCUACCCCUGCGCCCUAUGUGAAAGUCUAUCUUUUGGAAAAUGGAGCCUGUAUUGCCAAAAAGAAGACAAGAAUUGCACGGAAAACUCUCGACCCUUUAUAUCAGCAGUCCCUUGUUUUUGAUGAAAGUCCACAGGGUAAAGUUCUUCAGGUGAUCGUCUGGGGUGACUAUGGAAGAAUGGACCACAAGUGUUUUAUGGGUGUGGCUCAAAUCUUGCUGGAAGAACUUGAUCUGUCUAGCAUGGUGAUUGGAUGGUAUAAAUUGUUCCCUCCGUCGUCACUGGUGGAUCCCACCCUCACUCCCCUGACCCGCCGGGCUUCCCAAUCAUCUCUGGAGAGUUCAUCUGGGCCUCCCUGCAUCCGAUCAUAGUAAACUCUUAACCUUCCAACCAAACUUCACAUUUCAGGAUAAUUAUCAGAACCAGAUAUUUCAUGAUCAAGAGCAUUGUUGGAGACAGACAAUCAACUUGUGUUUUGCCUGUAGUAGUUUUUCGGUGUUAUGUCCCAAUUGUUGUUUAAAACAUGGCUUCAUGUGGCAGAACAAGGCAGUCAUUCAGAUUACGGUAAGAAGACUUGCUCGCGAGAGUCACUGAUGCUUCCAGCAAAUAGAAAAAGAGGAACCGCCCAGUUCACACACACACCAAAUAGAACAAACUGGAAACUCUCACUCUGAAAAGUUAUACGUCACACGAUUCUGCACAGACCACAAGCGGGGUUACUUCCCUGGUGUUUAAGGUUGUUUAGUUGUCUGUGUGCUUUAGUUACCUGUGUGCUGUUUGCUGGUUUCUUUUCUCCCCUUGUCUUUGUUUCUGUCUUCACUGUCUUUGUGGUUUCCACUAAUUUUUUUGGUUUUUUUUUUUUUUUUGUAUUUUUUCCCCUUUGCUUUGUCAUAACAGGGUUAGUGGUGAUAACAGAGGCCCUUCCUUUUUUUUUUCCAAAAGCACCACAAAGGGCUGAAGCAGUUUCUGUAGCAUUUUCCCCCUAACGUUUUCAAAAGCUGGGUGAGGUGAAGCCAGGGAAGAGUAUCACUGGCAGUCAGUUCACAGUUCUUCCAAGUCUUGUAUGUACAACCACUCACCACCCCUCCAAAAAGAGCUCACCUUCCAAACUGGUAGUCACAGAAUCCCUUUUUCAAUGAAGAGCAUAUCUGUUUGCAUUCCAGAUAAUUUGUUCAUGUUUUCCAUUGUUGUCAUGAAAGACUUUCAAGUCGAUCUGCAACUAAUGCUGGGGAUGAAGGCUAGCCACAUAGUAAAGCUUCAGAAACCAUUUUGCAAUGCCUUUUACUUCCAGAUAAACAAAACAAAAAGAUGCUCACAUGUAGGAACCAUACUCUCAACUUCCCAAAAUGGUGACUAAAAGUGGAUUGGAGCCUAAGACACUUUCAGCGAUGCCCAGGCUUCUCAGCCAUGCCUCAGUGUAGACUCUCCCAUCUGCCCUGGAAAGAGCAUGGUAUGAGCUGGUUACUAUUGCACUGUAAAUUCCAGGUCAUAUACUCUGCACUAAACUAAUGUUCCUAUUGGAUUUUAGUUUAUAUUUCUUUAAGGUCAAUGCAAGCACAAAGCUUGAUUUUUUUUAAUGCACAAGAUCUUACUUUUGGGGGAAGAAAAAGAAUACAGUCAAAUUCCAAUUUGCAUAUCCUUCAUUUGGGUUUUCUUGGCCUUGGAUCCCCCCUUGUGACCCUCUGUGUCUGUGCUGCAGGCGCCUGGCCCUGCAGCUGCAUCAAUAAUGCUCUCCCUCCUUUUAUGAGUCGUUCAACUUUUGUGAUUUCCCAGGUAGAGCAGCAUGACCCGGAGCUGUUCAAAGCUGCAUGCAUAUUUUGUAUAAAAAAAAAUGAAAAAGAAAGAAAAAAGCAAAGAGACAAGAGGUUAUUUAAUAAUGUAUGUUAGCUCCACAUAGGCCAGCUUGUAUGUUGCAUGUACUUGUACAGUUUGCUCGUUAAUUAAUAUCCUGAAAUAAUCAAGAAAUCUAAGCCAUCCAUUUUUGUCACAGACAUUUUGCAGGUUUUAGCCAGACUCAGUAUGUGGGUCUGGGGUGAAAUGUCUAUAGAUGGACUUUAUUUUUUACCCUCUGGAAAACGUGAUGUAGUACGGACCAAAUUCCUUCUAAUAAAUAUUUUGGUGUAGAUUCCUCCCGUGGGGCUGUAACACAUGUAGACACUGUGUACACACUAGGUUUUAAUCCAUAGACAUACUGCCUGCACCAAGUGAAUUAUUUAUUAUGAUUUACACAUGUCAGAAUUACCUGCCCAUCAUUCCACAGGGCACAGAUUGACCACCACUCACCAUGCUGUGCAGGAAGAACCGAAGCAAUUGGUGCACUUCUACUAGAUUCCGUUCUGUCUUAGUGGCCAACGACCAACUGAUUAUAAUUGGGUAGUAUCUUUCUAUUUUGACCACUUGUCUUAACACUCCCCUGUGCUUUUAAAUGAACUUCCCACUCAUGUAUGUAAACAUGUUUAAUAAAAUUUACUUUUCAUGUCAGUCAGUAGCCAUCUGUGUUCUAUGUUUUGCCAGCUUUCCAUUGUGGGUUCUUUGGUGCAAAAUGAGAGCCAGUUGAUGGGAGAGGGAGGCUGGGGUUUGCUGUCUGCUGCGGGCAUUUGAUUGACCUGUCACUGCACUAUAUAUGUCUGAACUUAUGACCUGAGAGGUACUUUGCAUUACAUAUGAGUAUUCACUUUGUCAGCCUGUCUAAGUGAGCACAUGACUAUACUUCUGAAAAGUGGCAUUAUUAAAAACAAUAAAUCUCAGUAAGAAUCGAAUGAAGGUUGUUUUCUCUGCUGCUGUUUGAAUGUGCUAAUAAAAGAGGCAACUCUGUUGUCCAGUUGACAAAUCA